ACACACACAAAUACAGAGAGAGAGAGAGAGAGAGAGAGAGAGAGAGAGGUAGGUCGGUGAUGAGUAAGGCGAGGCAGGUGCUUUUUUCUCCUCUCCUCUUCCUGGAGCGCUCAUUUACAUUUUUGUCUCCGGUUCCUCUCUGGUUCCUCUCUGGUUCCUCUCCGGUUCCUCCUCCUGGGUGAGAAGAUGGGAUCUCCAGCGGUUUUUCUCCUUCUCUCCUGCACUCUGCUGCUCUCCCUCUCGGUGUCUCGCUCUCAGACGCACAACGACACGGAGCCCGUGGUUCUGGAGGGGAAAUGUCUGGUGGUGUGUGACUCCAAUCCGUCCUCAGACGGGGGCGUCACCUCCUCGUUUGGGAUCUCGGUGCGAGCUCCGGGGGCAAAAGUGGCAUUCUCGGCCAUCAGGGGGACGAACCACGAGCCGUCCGAGAUGAGCAACAAGUCCAUGACCAUCUACUUUGACCAGGUUCUAGUCAACAUCGGCCACCAUUUCGACCUGAAGGCCAGCGUGUUCCAGGCUCCGAGGCGCGGCAUUUACAGCUUCAGCUUUCACGUCGUCAAAGUCUACAACCGACAGACCAUCCAGGUGAAUCUGAUGCACAACGAAUACCCGGUCAUAUCUGCCUUUGCAGGGGAUCAGGACGUGACACGUGAAGCGGCCAGUAACGGCGUUCUCCUGCUGCUGGAGCGAGAUGAUCGACUCUACCUGAAGCUGGAGAGAGGGAACCUGAUGGGAGGAUGGAAAUAUUCCACCUUCUCCGGAUUUCUCGUCUUCCCACUCUGAUUUCCACGUCCUCCAUGGCGGAAUCCCGCUCCUUGAAUCCCACUGCGCCGCACGUUAGUGAAGGCUUAGCGAAGGUGUGCGCUGCGGGUGGAUUUAAGGAGCUCAGAGUUUCUGAGUUAAAGCAAACAGCAGGUUGUUUUUCACUCUAAUCUCCUGGUUCUGUUUCCUCCAGACUCACUCUGAAAGGAGGUCUAAUCUUCAUCACACCAGCAGGUGAAGACUCUCUCACGCUUGUAGUUUGUCUCUUGUGGACGUAGCCUGUCCAGAAUUAAAAAAAACAAACCAGCUGAAGCUACACGAUAGCUCAAAGUUAAUCAGCAGCUUGAUUUACGUCUCACUUUAUCCUCAGAUCAUUCAGACUGCUGCUUCACCACAUGCUAACUUACUAAAUUAUGUGUGUGUGUGUGUGUGUGUGUGUGUGUGUGUGUGUGUACAGAAAAAAACACUGUUGUUUCUCAUUAAACAUGAAUUCUCUAAAGUAAGAACAAUUUGUAGUCAUGUGUCUGAUGGCGUAGGAAUACCACAGGACCUUCAGCCGGAACUACUUUUUACUGUAUUAAUGAAGUGUGUGUGAAAAUCUAAAGAUAAAAAUCCCUAAGAGCAGAUUUGUGGAGAUUUUCUUCGACACUUCUCUGCUCCUGUGGAACAACCUGCAGAUUUCCUUUUCUUUCUUUUUAUUUAUAUAUUCACAUAAUUUAAAACAUUUCCUCAGUAAAUUAGCUCAACAUCUGUCCUCAGACCUCGCUCCUCUGUUCUCAGCGGAUGGAGAUUAGAGUGGAAAAUACUGCAGAAAGAUCUUGAGAGCUUCCUAAUGAUGUGAAGAACCUGGUGAAGGAGUUUUUGGACAUUUUCCACAAGGAACUGUAUCGUGAUGUUUUAUGAAAAAAAAAAAACAGCUUCACCUUUAAAUCCUCUCAGAUUAUCUAGCCUGAGGAACAGAAACCUGUGUAAAGUGUCUGAAGAGGUGUGUGUGUGUGUGUGUGUGUGUGUGUGUGUGGGCAUGGGUUGGAUUAUUUUUCUACUGAUAAGCACGUGUUGUGUUGCAUGCAGCGUGAUUUGUUCAGUGCUUGGGUUGUUUGCUUCAGUCGUUUUCUUUUAAUGAUUAUUUUUAUUUAUUGACCACUGUACGGUCAUUAUAUUAUACACAUGAAUGUAAAUAGGUGAUGAUCAUCACUGACCGUUUGGUCAGCUUUAUUUCUCAGUAAACUAAACCAUGACAUAAACGUGGAUUAUAUUUAUUCAUGUUUGUUUUUUUCCAUUUAGAGAAUAAACCCUGA